AUGCCUGAAACAAUUGGAGAUUAUCAAUAUAGUAAACGGGAUUUAAUUGGUCAUGGAGCAUUUGCUAUUGUUUUUCUUGGUCGUUCCACUAUUAAUUCGGACCAGAAAGUAGCGAUUAAACAAAUUACAAAAAAAAGUUUGGCAAAAUCACAAAGUUUAUUGGAAAAAGAAAUUAAAAUAUUAAAAGAACUGACAAAAUUAAAGCAUGAAAAUUUAGUGGCUUUACUGGAUUGCAAAGAAUCUCAAAACAAUGUCUAUUUGGUUAUGGAAUACUGCAAUGGUGGUGAUCUUGCUGAAUAUUUACAACAAAAAGGCACACUCAGUGAAGAUACAAUUGCAAUGUUUUUCCGUCAAAUUGCUGCUGCAAUUCGAGCUUGUCACGAAAACAAUGUGGUUCAUCGUGAUUUAAAACCACAAAAUAUUCUACUUUGCUAUAAAAAUAAAGAAAAUCCACAGGUUACUGAAAUAACGUUGAAAAUAGCCGAUUUUGGUUUUGCACGAUUUUUACAAGACGGUGUUAUGGCUGGAACAUUAUGUGGCUCACCGAUGUACAUGGCUCCGGAAGUAAUACGUUCAUUGCAAUAUGAUGCAAAAGCUGAUUUAUGGUCCGUGGGUACAAUUAUCUACCAGUGUUUAACGGGAAAAGCUCCAUUUCAAGCUCAAACACCACAAGCUUUAAAACAAUUCUACGAGAGAAAUACAAUUUUAUCACCAGCAAUACCAUCGUCAACAUCUCCAGAACUGGCAAAUUUAUUGUUACGUUUAUUGAAACGUAAUCCGAGAGAACGAAUUGCUUAUGAUGAAUUUUUUCAUCAUCCAUUUCUUCGUAGAAGUCAGCCAGUGGAUAUGCCUCAAAGUCGUCAAGCAACAUCGACACCCCCCGGAGAUGCAAUGGUUCCUCGACAGUUUCCACGUCAAAUUGAUCCGAUUCCAGAGUACGAACCAACUACCACCACACAACAAACCCCUUCAGCAAAUUUAGCACGAGCAUCAUCACCAGUAUCGAUAAAUAUAACAUCAACAAAUCUUCAUAAAUCACUUGUCAAACGUUCGUUAAACGCUGUCUACAAUGAAUACAACAAACGAACAUCACCGCCGUCGGCAACUCCUGUGUUAAAUCCAAGCGCAAAAACAGACGACUUUGUUUUGAUACCAGAACAUGUUGCCGUAGAAAAAAGUCUAACAGCUAAUCAUACAUCAUUUGCUCAAUUACCGCGUGACAAUCGUACUAUGAAACAACAGCGAACAUUAUCCGAGGGCAUCUUAUGUUCAAAAGAACCAGCGCGUCCGGAUAAUCUCGCGCUAGAUGCUAUUGAAAAUAUUCCAGAUAAUAAAGCAAUAUCAUUAACACCAAAAGACGGUCACAGUUAUAGUGCUAGUCAACCAAUUCCUGUUCCAUCACAAGUUGAAAACUAUGAGAAAAUGCAAGAAGAGUCCCGAGAACGUGCAAAAAGUGUUGGUGGCACUGGUGCAAGUCCCACCGGAAGUCCAUACGGAGAACGUCGUACUUCAAUUGAUCGAUUACGACAAGCUAGUAUUGCAUCGUCAAAUUCAGAUUUAGCAAAUUCUAUUAGUCCACCAGCUGUACGAUUUACUGUUGAUACACCAUCAAGUCCGAUUAGUUUUGCAUCAAAUGCUGCUUUGCGUCGUCAUACUAUUGCCACUCCACCACCAUCACGUGCGAUUCAAAGUUCUCAUUCGAAUAAUUCUCUUACUCAACUGCAACAAAAUCAAAAGACUACUGCGACGACAAUAACAGCAGAUACAUCUCCAUUGAAAACUCGUUUUUCGUAUCAAAAAUUUAAUACUGUUGGCACUCUAACGACUGAUCUAGAUACUCGCCCGGAUCGAUUUUUUGAACAAGAAAAUACGACACCCGUAUUUUUCACUACAAAUUUUGAUCAAGGUGCAAACAACAAUGGAAACACGAAUAAUAAUGGUGCUAUGUAUCAAUAUCAACGACAAACAGUGAAUACAAUAUUUGGUGAUUCUGCACCCGAGGGCAACUAUUAUGAACCACAAAAAAUUACCGAUGACUCACUAAUGGAUAAUGAUCAUAACGAUACACUUGACAAGUUACAAUUUAUUCUUCAAUUAGUUGAUUACAUAUUAACGUUAGCUAGUUCACGAUCAAGUUUAUUAACUGAAUCAUUGACAUAUAAUAAUAAAUAUAAUAUUAAUAACAAUAAAACCACUUCAAAUCGACCAAAAAUGGAUCGUUUAAGUAUUGUUGAUGAUUUAUAUAAACGAGCUGAACAAUUAACACUCUAUGUUAAAGCUAUGCAUUUUCUAAGUUCGGCAAUAUGUUUAGCUAGAGAUACAAUAAAAUCGAAAAAAUUAUAUCCAUCUACUACUGUUAGACAAGCAGUACGUGAUUUAAAUAAUAAAUUUAAACAUUGUCUUGUUAUUUGUAAAGAAUUAAGUAGACAAGAAGAAUUACAAACACGAAAUGAACUUAAAGGUGUUACAUUAACAGCUGAUAAAUUACUUUAUUUACAUGCAAUUGAUUUAUGUUUAAAUGCGGCUGCUCUCGAAUUUUUUGGUAAACCAGAAGAUUGUGUUGGUCCAUAUACAGAAGCUCAAGUGUUAUUUCAUAGUUUAUGUCAACAAGCAUCAAGUGAUUGUGAUAAAUUAAUAUUACGAGGAUAUCGAGAAGCAGUUGAACGUCGAUUACAUUGUUUACAACAUCAAGGACUUAUUAUGUCUCAAUUACAAGAAAUAGUGUGUAUUCAAGCACAUGAAGAUCGAAUAUGGUGUGUAGCAUGGAAUCCAUCUGGAACAAUGUUGGCUUCUUGUGGUUCCGAUCGAUUAAUUAAACUUUGGGGAAAACAAGGUGAACAAACAUGGGUAUGUCGAACAACAAUCGAAGAUGGACAUUCACGUUCAAUACGCUAUAUUGCAUGGUCCUACUGUGGAAAUCGUUUUGCAUCGGCCGGUUUUGAUCUUAAAACUUGUAUAUGGGAACGACAAGAUCAAGAAGAAUUUGUUCUACAAACAACAUUAGAAGGACAUGAGAAUGAAGUAAAAUGUGUGGCAUUUUCAAGAAGUGGAUUAUAUCUGGCAACGUGUGGACGAGAUAAAAGUGUUUGGAUUUGGGAAGUGAACGAAGAAGAAAUUGAUUUUGCAUGUGCAGCAGUAUUGACAACUCACACACAAGACGUUAAACAUAUUACGUGGCAUCCACAUAAGGAUCUUUUAGCAUCUUGCAGUUAUGAUGAUACAAUAAAAAUGUUUACAGAAGAUGGUGAUGAUUGGUCAUGUUCAACGAGUUUAGAAGGGCAUACAUCCACUGUUUGGUCAUGUGAUUUUGAUGUGACAGGAAAACGACUUGUUUCAUGCAGUGAUGAUAAAACAAUUAAAAUUUGGCAGUCAUACGAUAAGAAUAAUCAAGAAGGUAUUCGAUCACAAAAUGGAAAAUAUCCGGUAUGGAAAUGUACAUGUACCAUUAGUGGUUGUCAUACACAGUCCAUCUACGAUGUUAAAUGGUGUCACUUAACUGGUCUAAUAGCCACGUCAUGUGGUGAUAAUGGCAUACGUAUAUUUGAAGAAACACAAGCAAAUGAAGGUGGUGAUACGAAAAAUGUAUCAAGUUUUAAUUUGAUACAAGAGAAUAAACAAGCUCAUACACAAGAUGUCAAUUGCAUUGCAUUUCAUCCAAAACAAAGUGGAAUACUGGCAUCUUGUUCAGAUGAUGGCACAAUAAAAUUAUGGAAAAUAGAACAAACGAUGAACAUAUCUUUAUAA